AUGGUCGCCACAAGGACAGCUUUAAAGAACGUAGUACUGACUAUAUGUGCUAUUAAUCAGGUAAGACCAAAACCAAAAGUUAUCUUACAGUUUGGCUUCAUUGGUCAUUGCAAUCGUAUUAUUUUCCUAUACCUUCCAUUACAUAACAAACAACAAGUUGUUCUCUUCAACACGUAUACUUCACCAGUACAAGUUGAUCCCAUGGUAAAAGAUAAAUUCUGCAUCGAACCGCGCUAUCUCAUCCAAAAGAUUCAUGCAGAUGAUAAGAAGAACUACAACCUGAAAGCCAAUGUGACUUCAGAGCCAAUAGGAAUACCACAAAAUAUUUGGUAUUGGAUCUCAGGCAAAAUACAACAAAUGUUUAUGGGACAGAACAAAGGACUUUAUAUGAUCUUUGUUGAUCACACAAAACCUUUGACACUAUGA